AUGACGGCCCUUCUAGCAUCAGCGGCACGCGGCAUGAAUAAACCAACACAGCCACGGAGUAUAGAACAGCAUGAACACCAGCCAAACGACGUUUCCACACCGCCACAAUAUGAUCUGGUGGCGCGCGCCCGGAAUUUCCUUCUGGAAUAUGGAGGUUUCCCGCCGAACCAUGAGUUUCGCCUGGACUUGCUUCUGAAACUUGGAACUAUGAUCGACGAAAUCGAGUCCCAUCGUUCCAUCCACCAAGAACUGCAGGAGCUGAGGGCCGAGAAUGCCAGUCUCCGAAGUAACGCUCGUCUGAGAGGCGUCUCUUCUAGCCUGCCAGCGUCUUACCUGCCCCCCAUCCUUCCGAGUCCGGCUGGCGCUGAAGGCGAAAAGUCUUGGGAUCGCAUAAUAACAGACCUGCUCUGA